AUGUGACUAUUAAAUAUGUAAGUGAAUGGAACCAUUUCAUCAAUGUUGAAAUGUACAAGAGGUGAGAAAACUGAAGUGAAGACUAAAUUGUUUUCUGUGCUGAUCGUGCAUGCAGUGAUAAAGACAAAGUUAUAUGAUAUGCUAUGUAAUUAAGAGGGAACCCCAAGAUAAUGUGUGCACCGUUUGUGAGUUCAGUCGGUUGGCGAGGUUUCCUCAGAAAAGUCGUAUCACUAUGGAGCGGGAAAACUACAGUGCGGAAUAUUUCGAGAAAGCUUUGGCCAAAGCUUACGGUUGUGAAAUGCUUCGCGUGGAGAACUUUCACAUCAAGGCGGUGAGCCAAGGGGGCGAGAACUUUUGCAGCGUCAUCUACCGGGUGGCGUUGGACUUUCGCAGAUCGCCCGUUGGCGCCCUCGAAUCAGGAAAAUACAUUCUCAAGGAUCUGCUGCCCGCCGUCGCUGCAUUCCGCACCAACGAGAAGGAUAUGUUCGAGUUAGUCCUGCCAGCCAUGUCAGCCAUUCUCGAAGGAGCGCCAACGGAGAUUGGCGAGCACAAGCUGAGCGCAGACUGUUUGUUAAUCGAGAUAUCUGCUGGAAAAGAGCUCUACAUCCUGGAGGAUCUGGGCGCCCUGGGAUACGGAUCCAUUGACCGCCGUCAAGGCUUAAGCCUGGAAGAAGCUAAGACUUGCGUAAGGAAACUGGCUCAGUUUCACGGUGCCUCCAUGGUUUUGAAUCAGAACCAACCUGAAUUGGUGCAAAGGCUUGCACCUUCUCAUUAUGCGAAUGGAUUGAAUGAUCGCUUAGCCCAGGCUAUUAUGUUGGGGGGAGUCGAAUAUGCCGCAGAAGUGUUUGCCGAUGAACUGCCAGAAAUAUCAAGGAAAAUGAAGGCUCAAGUGCCAGUCGCAUAUACGCAAAGGAUCCGAGAUGUUGUUGAUCCAAAGCAGUCAUCGUUUAAUGCAGUUAUCCAUGGCGACCCCUGGAUAAAUAACAUAAUGUUUGAUUCAGUCAAUAAGAAGGCAACACUUGUGGACUUCCAGAACUGCUUCUGGGGCAGUCCGGCCAUAGACCUGUAUUUUCUUUUUUACACCAGCCUAAAGCCUGAAUUACUGCAAAAUAAUCAAGAUGAGCUCCUGAAUCACUAUUUUGACAACCUUCUGGAAACCUUGCGGCAUUGCGGCUUUAAGGACACACUGCCCACUUUUGGCCAAUUAAAGGAUGAGAUGCAACGGUGUUUGUUUUAUGGUUAUUACACCGUAGUUUGUGAACUGCCCAUAUGUUGUGCUUCCCCAGAAGCAAGUGUUGAUUUCGGGAUUCACACCAUUGUAGACUCGGAAGCUAUGUUAAAAAAGCGCCACCAAUUAUUCGCCAGCGAACGAGUGCGUCAGACCAUAAAGGCCACUCUGCCUAUGUUGGAUCGGGAGGGUAUAUUAGAAACCCCCUAAAGAAGCUCCUCUUUAUACCUUGUUAUUUUAUUACAGUGUUUGGUCUUGUCAGUAUUUUCUAUGGAAAGCGGUUUUUUUAAUUAGUUUUUCGAAUUUUUUUAAACAUCACUUAAAAAAAGCAAAUAGCAUUCUUACAAACACUUUUAGCUAAACAUUUUGAUGUCUUUCCUUAUUAUUGUAAUUAUUAUCUUUACAUCUUCUUUACGUGCUAGUCGUUAAGAAGUCACUAUAUUUUCCACGAAUAAAUUUGUAGAACACAAAA